AUUGAAUACGAUGCGCAUUAUACUCAGCUUAAUUUCCUGAAGACUCUGAGCAACUACGCGAACCAGAACGUCACAUACGCUUGCCGCAAAUCCAAGGCUUGGGAAGACGGCCAACACUCCAUCAAACUAAUGGGCUCCAACGAAAUGCAGUAUCAUGCUACUUCCAAGAUUUCCCUUAGGCCUAACGUCAUCACCAAUGAAUGCACAGUAAGUUGACAAUUUGCCCGUUCCUUUGUUAGGAAUAAACCUCCUUUCACAAUCCACAGUCUUGAACAACACUGUUACGGAUAUAACCUGGGGAUACACUUCUACGCCCCGACAGACCAGUAACACUAAUGAGCCCCCACCCCCUACCCCUGAGUAAUAUGAUUCGCUUCUCUUCAGGGUCCCUCAGGCAACGGCAUUUUUGUGAGCGAACACUGAAUUAGGUUGGGCGGGGGACAAGGGAGUGGGGUACCUCCAUAUGAUUUUUUUGCUAAACACGCGAGAGGAAGCAUUUUGAAUUCAAAACUAGCCUGCGAGCAGGCUCUCCUAUUUGGGCGAGCAAAGCAAGCCGCAAGGGCCCCCCGCUUUCGCACUUCCUCUCGCCUGCAUCUCGCGCGUUUACUUUUCACGAUAUCCCCCAAAUGGAGAGCUUGCUCGCAGGCUAAUUCAAAACAAGGUAUUUUCCCAUUUUUCACACUUUACUGCAAUGCUUUAGUUUAAGCCGCAAUUGUACCAAAUUGGGAAAUACAGAUUUUCUGUCCAAGUUUGCGGAAAGAAUAGAAGACAGCACCCUCUGAUUUUACUAAUAAAUGGUCGGUCAAAACCUCUAUUAUUUCACGUAUAUCGUUGAAACGAGCAAAAUCUGUCAUUCCUGAAAUUAACGCCUUAUAUCGUUUUAAAAAAGCGCUCUAUUAGAAUUCCGCUCAAUACAUGACACAUUUCAGUCUACCAAGUUUAGCCCUCUGCAGUGCCUGCUCAUUCAUCAGUGACUAGAGGCCAAUAAUAUCUUGUUAUUUUGGGGUCAUAGUGGUUCCGUUAUAUUGUGCUAGUGCGUUAUUUUAUACCCGCGGUUGUCGUCUUAUUUUGACGCUUAAUCAUUACAGGACAGCAAAAACACCAACAAAUGGGGUAAAACAGUUUUAGAGAUCGACACAAGAGAGAAGAGUAGGCUACCAAUCGUGGACGUGGCAGCAUAUGACAUCGGUGGAAAAGACCAGGACUUCAAACUUGUAAUUGGACCAGCGUGCUUCCAUCACGUAAAGGCGUAG